CUUCCACCAAAGCUUCACAGGCUAGCUGGCUUUCUGACAUCUGAAACCUGUCAAUCUUCGAUCUCGCCCACCACUGACUGCAUCGACAGCAUCCACCCGACCCCAACUUUGUUACGCCAUUAGAGACUUCUCGUUUGCUAGAAGCGACGACAAUGGAGGCAAAUGAUUCUGCCGAAAGCUAUGCCGAGCCCGAGUCCGAUCGAUUUCCCUCCCUUUCUUCCAGCCAAUUGCAAGAGCUUCGUGGUGUUAUUGCCAAACCGAUCAGUGGCAGAAAUGUGAUGAUACCCUUGACAAGCAAGGCCUUUGUGAUUGGAUCUUUGCAGCCCGUCAAGAAUGCCGAUGGCGACGAAGCAGUGCAAGUCCGUCAUGAAUUCGGGGGUCAACUCAGAGCUGUUCUACGAAAGGAUGUUUGUGAAGAGCUAGAGAACGAAAAGCAGCGAAGGAAGGAUGCUGCCAAAGCAAGCAAGCGAAAGAAAUCCACCGAAACAGAAACGCCAGUAACCAAUUCAACGACAAACCCAAGCAAUGUAAAUAACAAUCAGCACCAGCCUCCCCCCAGCGUGAUCACUGACUCAGAUACUGGACUGCCUUACUUUGAGAUCAAGGAAGAAAUUGAUGGGACGGGGAAAGUGGUCCGAUCAGAGGCCGUCAAUGUUACCAAGCAGCUGGAAUUUGUGGCCAAACGUGUUGCAGAAAAUGAGUCAAAUCUAGGGGAAUCCAAAGUCGAUAGUACCGGCGACAACGCAACAAGCAAUGACGGAGUCUUUUCAAAAGAAGAGAUGGAAAUGUUACCAGAAAAGGAUGAAAGUGCUCGCGCCCUACCCAAUGACGAAGAAUACAAAGCCAUUUCGGCUCGGUUGGAUGAGCUUGCGAGGAUGGAGGAAGAAACUGAAGCUAAAUUGUCAGAGAACAAGCUUAGCGCCUUGAAACUGCAGAGCAAGGGUUGGUCAAAGGGGUUUCUGGGUGGAGGAGGAAAGAAAAAGUCCCAUCAAACCGCCGUCAACAGGGCAGUCAACGCAAAAACAACUGAACCCACGAAGAACGACCAAUCAGAACCCCGCAAGCAGCUCACAGAAGAGCCACCCAAGGAAGAAUUAUCCCAGCCAAGCCAAGGCAAAGCUGAGCCACAAAACAAGACAAACAAGAAAGAUCUCACAAUCGUGGAAACAUCAGCCAUAUCCAACAAUAAACGAGACCGCAGCCAGUCGCAGCUGAAGCCUCCUCCUCCAUCAAAACCAAAAGCGACAACUAAAGAUAAAGGAGGAUGGUCCAAAGGUUUUCUCAACAACAGCAACAAAUCAAAACCAUCAGCCAAGGGCAGUACCGCAGCCAAAAAAAUGCCGCCACCAACAAAAAGCACUGAUUCAGCAGAUGGACACGUAUCACAAGCCGACAGCAAGGAGGAACGUUCCAAAAAGGUCCAUUUCCAAUCCAAUGUAUCCGAGGUGCGGGAAAUUCCAAGGAUUGGAACCAAUUCUGUGGCGAGCCUACGGAAACCACCACCAACAACAUCGGCGCCACCACGGGCCGAGUCUAGACCUUUUGAUAGCAGUGUCUUCUCUGGUGUCGUCAAGGAGCGCCCAAUCACUGGACUUCAAAACCCACAAAGCAACGGGAAAGAGGAAGGCAAGCCAAAGAAAAAGUUGUCCAAAUUCGCUCAACAACGAAUGCAAAAUAAUAGAUGAUAGCUGACUAUAUUAGCAUAGCUUUCUGAAUUCAUACCUACUAGCUAUUAUUAAUAGCUAGGUUCCCACAGGUCGAUCAAUCACGUCUUGGGGGCACUGUAUGGUACCAUGGCAGUGUUCUUCCUGGUGAGUACAGCAAGAGGUGAACCUUAUUCCUCCACAUUUCCUCAAGCUG